AUGUCGCAUACCGAGUCGGAUCCGGAGAAGGCCACCGCACGGUCCUCGUCGCCGUCGUCGGCGCAGGACUCAGAGGAAAAGGGCCGCGCGACACAUAUAGAACAGAGGCUGUAUAACCCCGACGUCGAUAUCAGCGGAGUCGAUGAACGGAAGCUGCUUAGGAAACUGGACUGGCAUUUGGUCCCAUGGCUGUCAUUCUUGUACCUGCUGAGUUUCCUGGAUCGUACGAGCAUUGGGAACGCGAGGCUUUACGGGAUGGAGGAGGAUCUGCAUAUAUCCGAUAAACAAUAUCUGAUAGCACUCACCAUCUUCUUCUUUCCAUACGCACUUUUUGAGGUCCCAUCGAAUGUAUUCCUCAAAAGAUUGCGCCCAUCCGUAUGGCUCUCGUUCCUCAUGUUCGCAUGGGGGAUCAUGAUGACCGUGCAAGGCCUUGUACACAAUUAUGGUGGUCUGCUAGGAACGCGAUGGAUGCUCGGCACAUUUGAGGCUGGUCUCUAUCCUGGAGUCAACUACUACCUGUCAUGUUGGUACAAGCGGUCCGAGUUCGGGCUUCGCGCAGCUAUCUUCUUCUCGGCCGCGACGGUAUCUGGCGCCUUCGGUGGGCUUCUCGCUGCUGCUAUCUCAAACAUGGAUGGCAUCGGGGGAAAGCCUGCAUGGGCCUGGAUCUUUAUCCUCGAAGGCCUUGUGACCGUGGUCGCAGGAGCAGUCUCAUUCUGGAUUAUUCAGGACUUUCCCGACAAUGCAACGUUCCUCACGGAGCCCGAGCGGACCGUCGUCGUCCGGCGGCUGCAGGCAGAUGACCAAUUCAGCGCGGCAGGCGAGCAGCUGAAGCUGCGCUACAUCUGGCAGAGUCUGGCAGAUUGGAAGACAUGGUUGUGCAUGCUUCUGUACAUGGGAACGGAUGGCGCGCUGUACGCAUUUUCCCUCUUCCUGCCUUCUAUCAUCGGCCAGCUAGGGUACACCGCCACCCCGGCGAAUCUACUGUCCGUGCCCGUCUAUGUGCUCGCUUGUGCACUGACGUGUCUCGUGGGGUUCAUCGCCGAUCGCCACGGGCAGCGCGGAUAUCUGAACAUCGCGUGCUUGCUUGUGGGUGGGGCCGGGUACAUCAUCCUGAUCUGCUCGCGGAACGCAGGCGUGUCGUACUUUGCAGUGUAUCUGGCGGCGUGCGGGAUAUACCCGAGCAUCGCGAACGUCAUCGCGUGGGUGUCGAACAACGUCGAGGGCUCGUACAAGCGGAGCGUCACGCUCGCGAUGGUCAUCAGCUUUGGCAAUAUCAAUGGCGCCGUGUCGUCAAAUGUGUAUCGCGCAGAGGACAAGCCAUGGUAUACGCUCGGUCAUGGGAUCGUGCUGGCGUACAUUGGCAUCGGCCUCAUCUGCUCUGUGACGUACAUCGUGCUUCUCAAGCGAGAGAACGCGAAGCGCGAGCGUGGGGAGCGCGACGAGAUCAUCGUAGGCGUGAACGAUGACCAGGAGCACCUCCGCAAGAAUGGCACCUUUGACAGCGUCGAGGACGCGAAGCGAGAAAAGGGCGACCAGUGGAGUGGGUAUCGCUACACAACCUAG